ACAACCUACACCCUCACUCACGGAGAAUCACCCAAGGACACUCACUGCCAAGGCAAGGAUCAGUGAGCUAGCAGGGAGCAAAGAAGAUCAUGAAGUGGAAACUGAAGUUGCCGAAUCCAGGCCUGGAGGACAGGAUCCUGAACCAUGAGGAGCUGGAAAAACUGGAGGUGGAUGAGGCAGGUGACAGGCCCAAGUGGGACAACAAAGCCCAGUACAUGCUGACCUGCGUGGGUUUCUGUGUGGGACUGGGCAAUGUCUGGCGCUUCCCCUACCUGUGCCAGAGCCAUGGAGGAGGUGCCUUCAUGAUUCCCUUCCUUAUCCUGCUGGUUUUUGAGGGUGUCCCUCUCCUCCAUCUGGAGUUUGCUAUCGGCCAGCGGCUAAGGAAAGGCAGCGUGGGGGUGUGGAGAACCAUUAACCCCUACAUGCUUGGAGUUGGUAUCGCAUCUAUGUGCGUGUCCUUUCUGGUCAGUCUGUACUAUAACACAAUCAUAGCCUGGGUCAUGUGGUACUUCUUCAACUCCUUUCAGGAACCACUGCCUUGGAGCAAGUGCCCCAUUAAUGCCAACAGGACAGGACUAAUUUCAGAGUGUGAGAGGAGCUCCCCUGUGGAUUAUUUCUGGUAUAGAGAGACUCUCAACACCUCUCCAACCAUAGAUGAGACAGGGGGUCUGCAGUGGUGGAUGAUACUCUGUUUGAUCUCAGCCUGGGGUGUGCUGUAUGUCUGCUGCAUCCGUGGAAUAGAAACGACUGGAAAGGCUGUUUAUGUGACUUCCACGUUGCCCUACGUAGUUCUCACCAUCUUCCUGAUCAGAGGACUGACUCUGAAAGGAUCUGUUGAUGGCAUUAAGUUCCUCUUCACUCCAGAUAUAAAUGAACUAGCAAACCCCACCACAUGGCUGGAUGCAGGAGCACAAGUGUUUUAUUCAUUUUCUCUGGCUUUCGGGGGUCUGAUCUCUUUCUCCAGCUAUAACUCUGUGCACAAUAAUUGUGAGCAGGAUGCAGUAAUCAUCUCAAUCAUUAAUGCCUUUACCUCGAUCUAUGCUGCCACUGUCAUCUACAGCAUCAUUGGUUUCAGAGCCACAGAGAGAUUUGAUGACUGCUUAAAUGGAAACAUCUUGGCACUUAUGAACACAUUUGAACUGCCAGAGGGAAACAUCACUGAUAUUACCUAUGAUACAGUCCUUCACAGCCUGAACAACACAUACCCUGACAUUAUCAGCAACCUCACCCUUAAGACCUGUGAUCUAAACAACUUCCUCAGUGAGGGUGUGGAAGGAACAGGUCUGGCCUUCAUUGUGUUCACUGAGGCCAUCACUAAGAUGCCUCUGUCUCCACUGUGGUCUGUCCUGUUCUUCAUUAUGCUCUUCUGCCUCGGCCUGUCAUCCAUGUUUGGCAACAUUGAGGGUGUUCUGGUUCCGCUGCAGGACUUGAAGAUAAUUCCCAAAAGCUGGCCCAAGGAGGCCCUUUCAGGAGUGGUGUGUCUGGUGUGCUGCCUGGUUGGACUGAUAUUUGUGCAAGGCUCAGGGAACUACUGGCUAGCCCUGUUUGAUAGCUAUGCCGGCUCUAUCCCACUCCUUAUCAUAGCUUUCUCUGAAAUGUUUGGAGUUGUGUACGUCUAUGGGAUAGACAGGUUCAAUGAUGACAUAAAAUUCAUGAUUGGACACAAGCCUAACAUCUUCUGGCAAGCCACAUGGAGAUACAUUAGUCCCCUAAUCAUGUUGGCCAUCUUCGUCUUCUACUUUUCCACAACCGUCACCAAGGAUAUCUUUUACCUUGCCUGGGAUCCUGAAUCGGAAAAUUUCCCAACCCUUGAGAAGAAGCCUUAUCCUUCAUGGGUCUAUGUGAUUAUCUUUUUCUUGGCUGGGAUCCCCAGUUUGGCUGUACCUGUAACUGCCAUUUUUCGAGCCAUACGAGAGUACUGCUGCAGAAAAGAUCGUGGUGCCCCAGUUCAGGAACUCGAUUCCAUAUCUUACAACGUUCAAAAGCAGGAUGAAGAACAGAAGUCCCAUAAGUCAGAAAAGUCUGACCAAAACCCCUAUAAAUAAGAUCUAACUUAGGAAUAAUUUAAACACAAUUCAAAAGAAAAUCAUAGACCCACACAAACAUUUUGAGGUUAACUGACUGCCUUUUCAAGAACUGAGAGUCUCUUUUUGUUAGCAUUUCAAGGUAGUUCCAGUGUUUUGUAAAGAAGCACACGUUUCCAAAAACGUUUAAAAGUGUAUAGAAGAAGAUAAUCAUUUAGGGCCUGAUAAUAUGUCAAGAGUUCAAGUUUUCUUUUAAUUUAGUUGCAAAAUAUUGUUUAAAAUGAUGUAAUUUUACAUACAUUUUACUAUUGAAAGUAAGAGUUCUAUUGGAGAAUAUAAUGAUAUGAAGAUUCUGAAUCAUUUUGGUUCUGGAAUAUGGCAGGCAAAUGUAUUGAUCUGUGUAUUUAUUUUUGUCACAAAUCUUUUUUUUUUCUUUUAAUAAUAUUUUAUUUUGACUAUGCAGAAACAGCAUAUCUAUAUCUAUAUAUAUAUAUAUAUAUAUAUAUAUAUAUAUAUAUAUAUAUAUAUAUAUAUAUAUAUAUAUACGACCAUUCAAAAAUGUGGUGUCACUUCACUGAAAUGUUUCUCAUGAUCUUAAAAACCUUUUUAUCUGAAGGCAUAUGCUUAAAUGUUUGAAAUUAGUUUUGUAGACAAAAAUCCAACAUAUUAAUUUAUUUAAUUACAAAACUAAAU